GAUCCCGGGGAUCCCUGUGGAUGGAGCGGCCGAGGCACCAGGGGAUGGUGAAGAACACGUCCAUGCGCUGGCGGCUGCCACUCGUCUGCCUCCUCUGGGAGGUGGCCAUGAUUGUCCUCUUCGGGGUCUUCGUGCGCUUCAGCCCCGAAGCUGAUGCACACUGGGAGAAAGAGAAGCAAGAGAUGAACCUGACCAGUGACAUAGAGAAUGAUUUCUACUUCCGAUAUCCAUCUUUCCAGGAUGUCCAUGUGAUGAUCUUUGUGGGCUUUGGAUUCCUUAUGACAUUCCUCAAGCGUUAUGGAUUCGGAGCUGUGGGUUUCAAUUUCCUCCUUGCUGCCUUUGGCAUCCAGUGGGCUCUCCUGAUGCAAGGCUGGUUCCACUCUUUCAAGAGUGGGAAGAUCCUCAUUGGAGUGGAGAACCUGAUCAACGCUGAUUUCUGUGUGGGCUCUGUAUGCAUUGCCUUUGGGGCCAUCCUGGGCAAAAGCAGCCCCAUACAGCUCCUUGUCAUGACUUUGCUUCAAGUCACACUCUUCUCAGUGAAUGAGUACAUCCUCCUCAACCUGCUCCACGUUAAGGAUGCUGGUGGCUCCAUGACUAUUCACACCUUUGGAGCCUACUUUGGCCUCACAGUGACACGCAUCCUCUACAGACCCAACCUGGAGCAGUGUAAGGACAAGCAGGGUUCUGUGUACCACUCUGACCUCUUUGCUAUGAUUGGUACCCUGUAUCUAUGGAUGUACUGGCCCAGUUUUAACUCAGCAGUUUCUGACCAUGGGGAUGCCCAGCACCGGGCUGCCAUUAACACGUACUGCUCACUGGCUGCUUGUGUCCUCACCACAAUGGCCUUUUCCAGCAUGCUGCAGAAGAAGGGAAAGCUUGACAUGGUCCACAUCCAGAAUGCAACGCUGGCAGGCGGCGUGGCCGUGGGCACCAGUGCAGAGAUGAUGCUGCCUCCAUAUGGCUCCCUCAUUGUUGGGUUCAUCUGUGGCAUCGUGUCCACAGUGGGGUAUGUCUACCUCACGCCUUUUUUGGAAUCGAAGUUGCACAUUCAGGAUACAUGUGGCAUUCACAACCUCCAUGCCAUGCCUGGCCUUAUUGGGGGCAUUGUGGGGGCCAUCACUGCAGCUGCAGCCACAGAGGAUAUGUAUGGAAAAGAAGGGUUCAUCAAGACCUUUGACUUUACUGGCACAUACCAGACACGGACAGCCAGUGUCCAGGGAGGGUUCCAGGCGGCCGGCAUUUUGGUGUCUCUGCUGAUGGCUUUUGCCGGGGGGGCCCUUGUGGGGGCCAUCCUGAAGCUUCCUAUCUGGGGCGAUGCCGCCGCCGAAAACUGCUUUGAGGACGACGUUUACUGGGAGGUGCCGGAGGAUGAGGAGGGCGAUGCGUACCACAUGCACAACCCCGACAAACCCGCCUCGCCCUGAGCCGC